UAAGUAAUGGAUCAACAAAUGGUGAUCAAAAUGGAAACAUUGACCAAACAUAUAGUUUACGUAAGAUAUCUGUCGGUUCCGGUGGUGAGCCUUACGUAUCACUGAUUGAUCGUAUGCGACGUCGUAUGACAUCCGGAGAGACACCGUUUUUCUCGUUUGAGUUUUUUCCUCCCAAAACACGAGAAGCGGCUAUCAAUUUGGUCGCUCGGUUAGAACGGAUGCGUCAAAGCGGACCAUUGUUUUGUGACAUCACAUGGCAUACGGCAGGUAAUCCUGAAUCAGAUACAGAGACGUCCAGCAUUACUAUCGCUGGUGUGGCUCUUAACUACUGUAGUGUCGAUACUAUGCUUCACAUAACAUGUGUGGGAAUGACUGAGAAGGAUCUUAAGUGUCAUUUGGAAAGAAUUAAAAAUUUGGGAAUUCGUAACAUACUUGCCCUCAGAGGCGAUCGAUUCAAUUAUGACGGCGACACUGAAGAUCAACCAUUUAAAUAUGCCAUAGAUUUAGUCAGAUUUAUACGCCGUGAAUACGGCAAUUAUUUUACAAUUGCUGUGGCCGGCUAUCCAUCAGCUCAUCCCGAGUCAGAAUCCAUGGAAAUGGAUUUACAGAGACUUAAGGAUAAGGUGGACGCCGGCGCUGACUUCAUCAUAACUCAACUCUUUUUCAAGUCAGAAGUGUUUGUUAAAUAUGUGAAAAACUGUCGCAAAAUAGGUAUUACAGUUCCAAUACUCGCGGGAAUUAUGCCGAUCCAAAGCUACGAAUCUCUCGGAAAGAUUGUCAAACUAUCGCAAUUAGAUAUACCGGAAGCCCUUUUGAAAGACUUAGAGAUCAUUCGCAAUAAUGAUGAGGCCAUUCGCAACUAUGGUAUUCAAUGGACAGUUGAUUUAUGUCGACAAAUACUGGCAGCUAAUGUGACUAAUGGCUUACAUUUUUAUACACUUAAUCAAGAGGUUGCUUCCAGUGCUAUAUUAAAACAGUUAGGUCUUUGGACACAAGUGUCGCGUCCACUUCCUUGGUGUCCGGCGGCUAAUCACAAGCGCUCUGGUGAAGACGUAAGGCCCAUAUACUGGUCAGGCAGACAAAAAAGCUACGUUUGUCGCACACAAUCGUGGAAUGACUUCCCUAACGGCCGGUGGGGUUCAAUAGACUCACCAGCCUUUCAAACACUUGAAAAUUACUAUUUAUUUCUUGAGGCGCGACGUCCUCGCAAACAACUGUUGCAAAUGUGGGGACAGGAACUCAACAAAGAACAAGAUGUGUGGGAUGUCUUCUAUCAUUACAUUACGGAAACUCCUAAUAAAAUGGGACACAAAGUGUCAGUUCUUCCUUGGAAUAUGAAUGACUUGAGUUGUGAAACAGGACUUCUAGUAAAACAGUUAUCAAAGUUUAAUAAAAAAGGUAUUUUAACCACUUGUUCACAACCUAAUGUCAAUUGUGUUGAGUCCACACAUCCUAUCCAUGGCUGGGGUGCUAAAGAUGGUUAUGUAUAUCAAAAAGCAUACAUAGAAUUCUUCACUCCGGAAACUAAUGUGUUGGCACUGAUCGAGGCAUUGAAAAACUAUCCACACGUUAACUACCAGAUCACCAAUAGUUGUGGCAGUCAUUCUGUGACUAACAUAGAGAACAACAAAGCAAUAGCCGUAACGUGGGGUGUCUUUCCCGGACGUGAGAUCAUUCAACCUACAGUUGUUGAUCCCAUAUCUUUCAAAGUGUGGAAAGACGAGGCUUUUGGUCUCUGGAAACAGAAAUGGGCGCAAAUCUAUCCGCCAGACAGUCCUUCCCGUCAACUACUCGAUCACAUUCACGAUAACUAUUAUUUAGUCAAUUUGGUUGACAAUCACUUUCCUAAAGAAUGUUGUUUGUGGUCACUAUUGGAUGAUAUGUUUGCUAUUAGAGAGAAGAAAAUUUUGCCUAUUUUCCUAGGAAUUUAUACGGGAACUUAUGGGAACAUUAUGAAAUUUACAUGGUAUAUUCGAGAAUUUAAGAAAAUUUUAAAGAAUUUUCUAUUGACCCCUUGA